GUUCGGCUUCACUAUAAGUAUGGAUUCUAAUUCUUCUCUGCUAUGACAUUUGGUUUUCUUUAAAUUCAAAUUUAACCCAAACUGGAUAAUACAGAAAAUAAUAAAAACAAUAAUAAUAAUAAUUAUUAUUAUUAUUAUGGCGCUAAGCCAGGAAAAUGCCAGUUGCCAUAAUCAGUCCACUCUCGCUGAUGGAUCUCCUACAAAAUCUGCGAUUAUGUUUUCCGCCGGCGUCCUUGGGAAUGUGGUCGCCCUAAUUCUCCUGGAAAUACGGCGGAGGAAGCAAUCCGCAUCUCUGUUCCAAGUCCUGGUCACAUCUUUGGUCCUCACAGAUUUGCUGGGAACUUUCUCCGUCAGUCCUGUGGUUUUAACCGCGUACUUGAGGAAUGAAUCUUUGAUUGGGAUGAGUAAAAUCCGUUUGGUUUGCGGACACUUUGGAUUCUCCAUGACUUUUUUCAGUUUGGUAACUCUCGCCAUUCUUCUCUUCAUGGCAGUGGAGCGCUGGCUCGCCAUCGGACAUCCUUACUAUUACGAGAAGCGCAUGAGUAAACGCUGCGGGUACAUCACUGUCGCGCUAAUAUACCUGCUGUGCGCUAUUUUCAGCGGCACACCUUUCCUCGGUUUUGGGAAGUAUGUUCAGUACUGUCCCGGAACGUGGUGCUUCAUUGACAUGCACCCGCCUGAGAGCAAGCAUAAAGUGUUCAAUAUCAUCUACGCGUCUUGUUUGCUCGUCAUGAUAGUGUGUACGGUUUUGUGCAACGCGUCAGUCAUUUAUCAUCUUUUACUCAUGUACCGAAGACGCAAGGCGCAUCGGAGCUCUGUUCCACGGCAGAGAGGACACACGAGGCAUCGGUCCAUCGCGAAGGAGGUUGAACAUCUUGUGCUGCUCGGGUUCAUGACAAUAGCAUUCGUCAUCUGCUCUCUUCCUCUUGUGAUUCAAGUGUACUUCAACACGUGUUGCUACCAAGUUCAUGACCAAUAUGAUCUCCUACCCCUUCUUUUAGUAUCGGUCAACCCCAUCAUAGACCCCUGGCUCUUCAUCAUCCUCAGUCCCCCAGUACCUCGUCUGCUCUGGGACAAGAUGUGCAAGACCGCAAAGUGCAAAUCCACGCAGGAGAAGGUCCGUAGCAUCCAUCCAGUCCUGUAUCACUCAAAGCCACCUGGAAAUUCAGAAGGAGGCAGUGUGAUGCAAGGCUACACAGGGACUCCUGGAACAGCUGGCUCCUGAUCCCUAAAGCCACUUUUUGUUUGUGGGAAAGAUUGUGGAGUGAAUGCUCACUCAUAUAAUAAAAAUAACAGAGACUGAAGAUCCAUGUCACUGGAUAACUGAACAGAUGGAUCUAAGACAAGAGGAGGAAAACAAUGGGUGGUGCUGAACCUAUAGUAUCAUGGAGAAUAUAACGGAGUAUAUGCUUCCUCUUUUUUUUUUUUUUUAGCAAAGUAAACUUAUUUAUUGCCUUUAUUUAUGGAGAGUAAAACAUUUUUGUACACGGGAAGGAAAACAAGUUUUUAUUUAUCAGCAGGAAAUCUAAUGGUAAAUAUAAAUAAACAUUUACAGGCUGAAAUGAAGAGUUGUACUUCCUGUUUCAACUGUGUGGGCAAUGCGGUUUUCUUUCUUUGUGCGACUUCAUACUUAAUCAGUUUUGUUUUUUGCAUUGUGUUGCAAAUAUAUGCAGGACUGAAUCAUGUCAUUGCAAGUCAGUUCAUUGUGAAAGAAUGAACAGCUUAACUAAACUGUGCAAAAGUCCCAUGACUGAAGACUGGAGGGAAGGUGAAGCAGGCUAAACUGAGGAAAUACAAGUGGAAUUGUUUUGAAGCAGUCUGUUUAGCAAUCGCUUGAUAUUACUUGAUAUUUACACUGUGAAUGAUUUGUGGUUACAAGAUUGUCUACGGUUACGUUAUAGUCAGGAAAUCUUAGUAUUGAUAAAAUCACCACAUUUUGCAUAUUACACACAUGAUAAACACAGAAUACAUUUAGUUUUCUUGGUGUUGCUAGAUUUACAUUUAUGCAUUUGGCAGAUGCUUUCAUUCAAAGAGCCAACAACAUUUGUGAUGCACAGUCAGGGCCUCGCUAGUGUGGUGAAAAGUGGUGAUGAUUAUAGGGGCCCACGGUCGAGGGGGGGCCCCCGGUGAUCUCAACCAACUGACUGAUGCCAGCCUAAAAAGACGCUCAGGACAGUUGACAGGCUGCGCAUCGUCACAAAAGCUUAUCAUUUGCUCGUGUUUUUAAGCCUUGCC